GUUUUCUUUAAAAUUUUCCACAAUUUUAAAUUUACUAGUUUAUUGUAAAUACAAUGGAAACGAGUAUUAAGUAUUCGAGUCUUGAGAAAUCAAUUAAAAUAGAGGACAAUAAGGACAAUAAGCUAUGGGGCGGAAGAUUUGAGAAAGGGUUGGACCCUCUGAUGGAGGAAUUUAACUCAUCCCUCAAAUUCGACAAAAGAUUAUAUUCAGCCGAUAUCACCGGAAGUAUCGCCUACGCCAAGGCUCUCAGGAAAUGUGAUCUUUUGAAAGAAAGUGAAGUGAAUUUAAUAGAAGAAGGACUCGAGAAUAUCCGAAGCGAAUGGCUGUCGGGAAUGUUUGCCAUCAAAUGGGGCGAUGAGGACAUACAUACGGCUAAUGAGAGACGGCUUAAGGAACUGAUUGGCGCUGAGAUCGGCGGCAAACUGCAUACGGGUCGCAGUCGUAACGAUCAGGUGUCCACUGAUAUGAGAUUAUGGUUAAGGGAUUCAAUCAGGGAAUUACUGAAGUGUAUGUAUAAACUCAUUGAAGUGAUCAUCAAAAGGAGUUUGCAGUAUACGGAGGCAAUAAUGCCGGGCUAUACACACCUACAACGGGCACAACCCGUAUACUUCAGCCAUUGGUUGCUGUCGUUUGCAUUUAUGUAUCAACAGGACUGCGAGCGACUCUUGUCGUCAUUGGAUCGGAUGAAUGUGUGUCCACUGGGAAGCGGUGCCAUCAGUGGAAAUCCGUUUAACAUCGACAGAGAUUUCUUGGCUAAAGAAUUGGGAUUUAAUUCGUGUUCAAUGAAUAGCAUGCAUGCGGUCGGCGACCGAGACUUCAUCGCGGAGUUCCACUUCUGGUCGUCGCUGACAGUCAUCCACUUCAGCAAAAUGGCUGAAGACAUGCUUAUAUUCAGUUCCAAAGAGUUUGAUUUCAUUGAGAUCUCCGACUCUUUUAGUACGGGAUCUUCGCUGAUGCCGCAGAAGAAGAAUGCCGACAGUCUUGAGCUCAUUAGAGGGAAGUCCGGAAGAAUUAUCGGCAAUUUGACAGCACUUCUUGUUAUACUGAAAGGCAUUCCCAGUACUUUCAAUAAAGAUCUUCAGGAAGAUAAGGAGGGAAUGUUUGACUCAAUGGACACAAUGAAGAGCGUUAUUCAAGUGAUGACCGGAGCUAUUGAUACGCUAACGUUGAAUCGCAGCAAAUGUAUUGAGGCAUUGAGUAGCGAUAUGUUGGCCACAGAUAUCGCCUACUAUUUGGUCCGGAAAGGCGUGUCGUUUCGCAAAUCACACGAAUUGGCCGGAAGUGUUGUGGCGACCGCUGAACGGCUUGGCGUCGAAAUACAUAACUUACCGCUCAAUGCGUUCAAAGAGAUAUCGUGAGUGAAACGCAUAAUAAUAAUCAUAAUAUGAAUGUUUGAAUAUCAGACGAGAUUUGUCGCCUUUUUUAGAGACCAUUUCGAUGAAGACAUCAGAGUUUUAUGGAAUUUCGAGAAUAGCGUCAAUCAAUACACAGUGAAAGGCGGGACGAGUAGGCAGAGUGUUGCCCAACAAAUCAAUUUCUUGAAGGAUUGGCUCAAAGAUAAAAUUGAAUAACUAGUGGACCGGAGAGAGCGACAAAUACAAAGUUAC